AUGGCGACUUCACUCCCACCUCUUCUUCUCCUUUGUUUCUUGUUUUUCUCUUGUGUAUCUGUGACUGUCUCCACUAAGACGCGAUCAAUCGAUCAAACAAAGACUUAUAUCAUCCACGCUUCAAAAUCUGAGAAACCUACCACGUUUUCCACUCAUCAUCGGUGGUACUCCUCCAUCGUCGGAUCUGUUUCGACGUCUCAUCAACCGUCUGACAUCCUUUAUACCUACGAACGCUCUGUCAACGGAUUCUCUGUUAGGUUGACUCGAGCUCAGGCUGCCAAGCUCCGUCGUCUCCCGGGGAUACUCUCUGUGAUCCCUGAUCGCCGGAGAACGCUUCAUACCACGCAUACACCUAGCUUCCUUGGUUUGGCGGAUACUUUUGGUAUCUGGCCGAACUCGGAAUAUGGUGAUGAUGUUAUUGUUGGAGUGCUUGACACCGGGAUAUGGCCUGAACGAGGGAGUUUUUCAGACGAAGGACUACCACCGAUUCCGUCUACUUGGAAAGGUAGUUGUGAAACCACGUCGGAUUUUCCUGCGACGGCAUGUAAUCGGAAAAUUAUUGGGGCUAAGGCAUAUUAUAGAGGUUAUACAGCAAGUCUUGGAAGCCGGUUGAAUGAAACUGGUGGUACUCUUUCUCCUAGGGACACGGAAGGUCAUGGAACUCAUACGGCUUCUACGGCUGCCGGAGCGAUUGUGAAGGAUGCCGGAUUUUUUGAGUUUGCAAGAGGUGAAGCCAGAGGUAUGGCUACUAAGGCUAGGAUUGCUGUUUAUAAGAUCUGUUGGAGCGAAGGCUGUUAUGAUUCCGAUAUACUUGCCGCCAUGGACCAAGCCAUCGAUGAUGGUGUAAACAUCAUCUCUUUAUCGGUAGGAUCUUCUGGUUAUGCUCCUCAGUACUACCGAGAUUCCAUUGCUAUCGGAUCUUUUGGAGCGAUGCAACACGGUAUUCUCCUUUCCGCUUCCGCAGGAAAUUCCGGCCCUGAUCCUUAUACUGCAACUAACAUCGCUCCUUGGAUUCUUACGGUCGGAGCUUCCACAAUCGACAGAGAAUUUCCGGCAGACGUUGUUCUAGGUGAUGGGAGGGUUUACGGUGGGGUAUCUCUUUACUCCGGUUCAGGACUUGACGACACUCAGUAUCCUCUAGUUUACGCAGGGGACUGUGGUAGCAGAUACUGUUACUCCGGACAACUAAACUCCACACUAGUCGCCGGCAAAAUCGUGAUAUGCGAUCGUGGAGGCAACGCCAGGGUUGAAAAGGGAAGCGCCGUUAAAAUAGCCGGAGGCGUCGGAAUGAUCCAUACAAACUUAGACGAGAACGGUGAAGAGCUUCUCGCCGAUGCGCAUCUCCUACCUGCAACCAUGGUUGGUGCCGCAGGUGGAGAUAAGAUAAAAGAAUAUUUAAAAUCCAAUCCGACUCCAACGGCGACGAUUGUCUUCAAAGGAACAGUCAUCGGUACAUCACCAUCAGCACCGCGUGUGGCUUCAUUCUCAAGCCGUGGGCCAAACUACCGCACGGCGGAGAUCAUCAAACCUGACGUGAUUGCUCCCGGCGUUAACAUUCUAGCCGCUUGGACCGGGUACACCAGCCCGACCGAUUUGGAUAUCGACUCUAGACGGGUUGAUUUCAAUAUUAUAUCAGGUACAUCAAUGUCGUGUCCUCAUGUGAGUGGCCUAGCCGCAUUGCUUCGUAGGGCCCACUCGACUUGGACACCAGCUGCUAUAAAAUCUGCACUCAUGACCACCGCUUAUUAUUUAGACGACACCGGAAAGAAUAUUACCGACCUUGCCACCGGCGAACAAUCCACACCGUUCGUUCACGGAUCAGGACACGUGGAUCCAAACAGAGCCCUUAAUCCAGGUUUGGUAUACGACGCCGGAGUCGAUGAUUACUUGUCCUUCCUUUGCGCCAUUGGAUACGACUCCAAGCAAAUAGCUACUUUUACAAAAGAUCCAGUGGAUUGCAGUGCCGGAAAGUUCAGUAACCCCGGCGAUCUAAACUACCCAUCUUUUUCUGUUGUGUUUGAUUCCAAAACCGGCGGAGUUGUGAAGUACAAGAGGGUUGUGAAGAACGUAGGGAGUGAGGUGGAUGCGGUUUAUAAGGUGAGAGUGAGUGCUCCACAGGGGGUGGAGGUGGUUGUGUCGCCGGCGAAGCUUGAGUUUAGCGAAGAGAAAAAAGAAGUGGAAUAUGAGAUCACUUUCAGCUCCGGUGGUGGUGGAAGUGCGGUGUUUGGCGCCAUUGAAUGGAGCGAUGGAGUGCACAAUGUAAGAAGCCCGAUUGCCAUCCAAUGGAAGAAGAGUUAUGGGCAAAUGAGCAUGUAA